AUGAAGGUGAUUGCUGCUUAUUUACUUGCUGUUCUAGAUGGAAAUAGCAAUCCAUCUUCUGAUGAUCUCAAGGAUAUCCUGGUAUCAGUGACGUCAAAAUUAUUUUUUGAGUUCCUCUUAUCUGAGGUUAAAGGUAAAAACAUAACAGAACUAAUUGCAUGCGGGAGGGAGAAAUUUGCCUCGGUACCUUCUGGUGGUGGUGCCAUUGCAGUGGCAGCACCUAGUGGAGGUGGUCCUGCAGCAGCUCCUACUGCAACUAAGCCCAAGAAGGAAGAGAAAGUAGAAGAGAAGGAAGAAUCAGAUGAUGUGGUUGGAAAGGUUCAUCGGAUGUUUUCACGGGAGCAUUCUGUGGAGCAGAGGCAUCAUGACAUGUUAUUUGUCAGCAGAAAGAACGUGGUGGACCUGGAUUCCCGACUUGGAAGAUUAGUACAGGGCUGCAUUGUCCAAGUCUGCAGGGAAAGCUGUGAUGCAACUGGAUAA